UACGCACUCUACUGUUCGCUAGCUCGUUAUACUUUCUUUCUGUUCAUGGCUCGUGGCACUGUUUCAUACUUGUCACCAUGAAGUUGAACGUAUCAUAUCCUGCAACAGGAUGUCAAAAACUAUUUGAAAUCUCAGAUGAACAUAAACUUAGAAUUUUUUAUGAAAAACGUAUGGGCGCUGAAGUUGAAGCUGAUGCUUUAGGUAACGAAUGGAAAGGAUAUGUUGUUCGUAUUUCUGGUGGUAAUGACAAACAAGGAUUUCCUAUGAAACAAGGUGUUCUGACUAAUGGUCGUGUACGUUUAUUGCUCUCAAAGGGACAUUCAUGCUAUAGACCUAGACGUGAUGGUGAGCGUAAACGUAAAUCUGUUCGUGGAUGCAUUGUUGAUUUCAACCUUUCAGUACUUGCUCUUGUCAUUGUUAAGAAGGGAGAAAAGGAUAUUCCAGAUUUAACUGAUGAAGAUGUUCCACGACGUUUAGGACCUAAAAGAGCGAGUAAAAUUCGUAAACUUUUCAAUUUGUCUAAGGAAGAUGAUGUGCGUCGAUUUGUUGUGAAACGACCAAUUCAAAAAGAAGGUAAACCAGCGCGUUCUAAAGCCCCGAAGAUUCAACGUCUUAUUACUCCACUUACUCUGCAGAGGAAACGGCAUAGAUUGGCUUUGAAGAGAAGGCGGAGUUUGGCUCGUAAACAACAAGCAGCUGAAUAUGCAAGAUUAUUAGCACAGAGGCAAAAAGAGGCAAAGAACAGACGUCAAGAAGAAUUGAAACGAAGACGUAGUGCUUCCAUGCGGGAUUCUAAAUCAUCCAAUCAGUCAGCACCUACUGCCCAAAAAUAAAAUGAUUGCAUUGAUGUAUUUACAACUUAAUAAAGAA